GAUCGGUAAAAAUGGCGGAACUCGGCAAUUUCAAGCUCAUCGGCUGCCUCUUCUUUUUAGUCAGUGUGUAUAAUAUUGUCAACUCUGCUAGGCUUCUUGAUGAAGUGGAUCCACAACCUCAAGUCAUCAACAAUCAACCAGGACCAGCCAUUCCUGCAGUUCCUCAAAUACCGGCAACCACGUUACCAAGCACCCAAAUACCUGCUGCCACCGCGGUCCCUCCCCUCCCGGUCCCAGUUACCGAUGACACCCCGGAGGAAACACCAACGGCAGGUGCCCCGGUUGCCGCCGCCGCGGCCGCCGCCCCCACCACCGUGGACGCUGAUGAUGGCGCAGCUGAUGAUGACGAGAAUGUUGAUGAUUCCACUCAAGCCCCGGCUGCUGUGACUGCCUCUGCACCGGCUGCAGGCGAUGAGAGUGAAGAAGAAAAUCCAGACCAACCAGAGCCUGCAGCUGUAACUCCAGCCCUCCCGGUGGCAGGCGCCCCAGUCGCCGGAGGCAACGCGGCAGCAGCGGCAAACCCGGCCGGAAAAGAGCCAACUCUUUCUUUCUAUAUGCACGACGUUAUUGGCGGGACACAUCCAUCGGCCAGGGUGGUGGCCGGGAUCGUCGCUAACACAGACGUCACCGGCCUACCAUUCUCCAAGAUCAACAACAACCUCUUCCCCAUCGUCGGAGGAAUUCCGUUAGUCAACCCCAAGCUCAAUGGCAUCGUCACCAACAACAACCUGCCACUCCUUGUAGGCCUCAACGCUGCUCAAACCUCUACUGUGUUCCAAAACCGAGGCUCCGGCAGUGCAGUGAGCGGCGGCGAUAACCGGCCUUUUGUGAAUGCCAACAACCUCCCAUCCGGAUUCACCCUCCAGAAGCUCAUGUUCGGGUCGGUGACGGUGAUCGACGACCAAUUAACCGAAGGGCACGAGCUAGAUUCUACUGUGAUUGGUAAAGCAGAAGGCCUCUACUUGGCUAGCUCCUUGGACGGCACUAGCCAAACCCUUGUGGUCACAGUUAUAUUACACAGCGGUGAGGAACAUCACGGGGUUGAGGAUACCAUAAGCUUCUUCGGUGUUCACCGGACUGCAUCGCCGGGAUCGGAGAUCGCCGUGAUCGGCGGCACAGGUAAGUAUGAGAAUGCAAUGGGAUAUGCUGCUCUCGAGUCGCUUCCGAAGGUGGAUCAGCACACCACGGACGGAGUAGACACCAUCCUGCAUUUCAAUGUCUAUCUCACUGAUGAGUAG